AUGUAUAAUGGCGCGGUGACACCACUAAUGCUACCAGCCCCACGAAUCAAUACUGUGGCGGCUGCACCCGAUAAUCAUAAAACCAACGCCAUGAUCAACGCUAUUAUUAUUGAAGACGAAAGACCAGCCCUCGAAAGCCUGGUCAACACCUUAUCAACGAUCGCCGACGAUGUACAGGUUGCCGCCAGGCUGAGCAGUGUACGGGAAAGUAUCGAAUACCUCACUCACCAACCCGCUGCCGAUCUCAUCUUCAGCGACGUUCAACUGGGUGAUGGCCUUUCCUUUGAAAUUUUUAACCAGACAGGCAUCCGCAUACCCGUCAUCUUCAUCACGGGGUAUGAUGAAUUCAUGUUAAACGCUUUUGAAUACAAUGGGAUUGACUACCUGCUAAAACCGGUCGACAGGGAAAGCCUUAAAAAAGCGCUGAACAAAUACCGCAUGCUCGAAAAACACUUUACUAAUCAUAAUUCGAUCACCAACCUCCUGCAAUACAUCGGCAAUCACAAAAAGAAAAGGAUGAUUGUAAAAAAAGGUAAGACGGAAGCAGCCCCACGAUACACCAGUCUUUGA